CCCACCGAUAACCCACCUAUCAGCCCACCGAUUAACCCACCUAUCAGCACACCGAUCAGUAUUCCUAUCAGCCCACCGAUCAUCCCCCUGAUCAGACCGCCGAUCAUCCCCCUGAUCAGACCACCGAUCAUCCCCCUGAUCAGACCGCCGAUCAGCCCACCGAUGAGCCCGCCGAUCAUCUCGCUGAUCAACUCUCCGAUCAGCACACCGAACAGCUGGCCAUACACCAAGUAUAAUUAA